AUGGUCGAAUAUGAAAGCAUUGCAAGACAUUACAGAACAAGGAAUGAGCUACUUCAAGUAUUGCAGGAGGACAAGAACCGAACAAAUUUAAUUAAAUUGUCAGUUUUACAAAUUGUGACUAACAACCAUUUCAAAUAUGGAACAGACAUUAAUACACCCAGAAAAACUCGUAGUGGAAAGCUGCGGCCUGACACUCUUACCGAAAAGGACAAUAAAGGGAAAACAGUAAAUAAUAAAACGCACAGUGAACAGGUCCAUGAGUAUGAAGUCACUAUAAACAAAUUGAAAUUAGAACACACAACUACAUCAAAAUUACAAGAAGCAAAGAUUCAAUCUCUCAAAGAGGAAAAUGCAAAGUUGAAACUACAAAUAAAAAACAACAGUUCAAACCACAAGACUAACAUUAACACCUCAUUUAGUAGUAUUUUUACCUCAUCCAAGUCCCGUCCUUCAAUAUUAACGUCAAGAGAUGUUAAGCGAAGCUCUGGUACUACGUCCAGGAUUGGACUUAAGUCAAGGUCAACUACCGAAAACUCCCCAGUAUCAUUUGCAUUGAACAAACCAAUUUUUGAACCUGUUUCGACUCCUGUUAAAAAAUCCAAAUUAACUUUCUCCAAAUCCUCGAAAUCGAUAAAUGAAUUUUCACCUACACAGGCCCAUUCAGAAACGACCAUUUCUACAGGUGGUGCACGAAGCAGCAGUGUUGUACCGUCCUCACCAACAAGGCCCAGUAGUUUAACAACAAGUACACCUUCUAAGUACAUGUCUACUUUUGAUAAAUCAGAUAAUUCAUCUUCUCCAGAAUUCUCACCUAACAGGAGUCAGAACAACACAAGAAAUCUGGUGAACGAUGUGGAUAAUUCCGAGACCGGUGGUUUUGUUAGCGCAAACACUAAUGUUGAAAACUCUGAGAAUGAGAGGUCUGGUGAUCCGAAGAAAAAUACCAGAAAGACAAGGAAACUACAGUUGGCCAAGUCUGCUAAAAUAGAAAGAGUUCGUAAUGCUAGUCUGGAUAAAAAAAGCAGUGGUAUACUUGCUCAUGGUUUGGAUGAUGAUGAAUUGAAUCCGUUGAAAUAUUACGAGGACUCUAAUUUCAAAGACGUUGGUUUAAGUCCACCUACAAAAAGAAAGCACAGUGAACCUGACAAUACAAGAAAACUUAAAGUUAGAAAGAAAAAGAACAUAUUUAGUAUAGAGUAA